UCGAAAUUUGUUUGUGUUAUUGAUCUCACCUAAGUUUAUCGCGUGAAAGAGAAAAAAAUAUGAUGCAGAUUUUUUUUUUUUUUCUAUUCUUUCUUAAGAAGUUUAUUUGUAGUUCUUUAUAAAUAAACUUCGUAAAUAUUUGUGAAAGGUAAUGUUUUAUUUUUUUUUAAAUGCAUUGUCUUGAAAUGCUGUCCUUUUAAUGGUGUCACUUCAUAUGGCAAUAAAAUAUGGAAUACUUUUAAUUUAUUCAGCAUCGCCUAUCUCUCAAGGAGAAUGGAUAACUUCCAGAGUUAUUCUUAAGUCAGAUGGUAAAUUGGAAACUGAAUCACAAGUAAAUAAUGAAACGCUUAAAAAAAUCUACAUUUUAAGUCCAGACUGGUUCAUUGUGACUCCCAGACACAGCUUUAAUAAAGGCAUACCACCUUUACCUGAAAACAAGCAUCCUGAACAGUUAUUUGCUUUAACUCAACCUCCAGAUACAACCAUUUGGUUUUUAGGAAACUCCAAAUAUGAAAGGUAA